CGGUAACGCCACAAUGAUGAAGCUAGUUAUGCAUGACGUCCAAGCCCCUAACAUGUCUUCUCUUGAAGAUCUAUUUGUGGCUUGCACGGUUUUAGACUAGUGCACCCUUCCGUUUCUCAGCUAGUCUUCUGGAGAUCAUACCCAGUUUUAUUGACAUCACGGAUAAACGUUGCCGAGUCCAACUUUAGAGGCCGAAAGCUUCCAUCUACCUGUUAUCACUGCCAUUCCCUCUAAGCUAACACAAGUGUCUGAGACCUGCUAGACGUUCUCGAUAGCCCCCAUACGGAUAACAUGAGUUCCAAGCUUAAUAGCUCCCACUUGUCUGAACAAACUCCUCUCUCACAUUCGCCGUCUCGCUCCUAUCGUCGUGGCUCUCUCCAACACUCUCCUGAGAGACAUGGCCAUCCUCCUAGUCGUCUCCCUAAACGCGUGCGAACCAUCUUCUUUACUAUGGGUGCCGCUGUACUCCUAUCGUGGAAUGUUUUGAUUACAGCAACCCCUUAUUUCCUGACCCGACUGCGAGACUCAGCUUUCGAGAAGACAUUCCCAUCUUAUCUCAGCGUUUCCUUCACGUCCCUCCUCUUCCUCUGUCUUGCGAAGGCAACCGUCACUUCCAAUCCUUCCUCAUCGGCCUCUCGAAUUCAACAUGCAAUCAUCCUAACGAUUUCCAUGCUCUUGCUCUUCGCGAUAUCCCCUCUGUUACCCAUUAAAGAUGGGGCACCUUUCUUCGUAUUCGUGAUCAUUAAUUCGGCCAUUCAGGCAAGUUCGAGUGGGUAUCUGCAAUCGGCUGUGGUAGGAGUUGCUGCGUUAUUUGGGCCACAAGCUAUGCAAGUAUACUUUACAGGGCAAAGCGCGGUUGGGAUAGUCGUGUCGGUAGUGCAGUAUGUAACCGCUGCCAUUUCGCUCCGAAGUGAAGAAGAGGGUGAGGUGCGAGCGGGCAAACCGCUGAUCGGUUUGCAACCGUUCAGAGAAAGUGAUGGAGGAGGCCUUACAUUGUUCGCUUUCAUUUUCUUUGGGUUAGCGACGGUGUAUAUGAUCGUCUCGCUCAUCGCGCACUCCGCGCUGGUCCGAUCGCCACUGUACCGCUCCGUGGUACUCUUCAGGGAUCAAAAGGACGAUGCCGAAACCAUCCUAGAGGUCGAAGCUCCUACUCCAGACGAAAUUUCGGAUUAUGGGAGUGAUGUCGAUACAGAGGACGACCAAGCUUUCCUGUCAAGAAGCGUUGAACUCCACAGACAAAUGAGCUCGAGCCAGCUACUUUAUGACACCUCAAAUAUUACCUGGAAGGUAGCGAAGAUGAACACACUUUAUAAUAUUUCUGUUUGUUUAAUCUAUGUUGUGACUUUGGCUAUUUUCCCACCUAUAACGUCAACUAUCCUCUCAGUGAAUCAUUCACAGAGUCACUUCUUCCUUUCACCUCCUUUAUUCGUAUCCCUUCACUUCGUUAUCUUCAAUAUCGGUGAUUACAUCGGCAGAGACAUCGCCUCCCCGACUCACUUGUCAUGGUGGAAUGAAUGCCUCAACGACCCCAAAUUACUUUUAGCCUCUAUCGGACGUCUAAUCUUCGUUCCUCUCUUCCUAAUGUGCAAUGUCAACGGCAAGGCGUCUUCACCGCACCCAUCUAUACCCUUCAUCAACUCGGAUAUCGCGUACUUCAUCGUUCUAUUGCUAUUCUCGAUAUCGAGUGGUUAUCUCGUUAAUAUCGUGAUGAUGAGCGCGACUUCAGUGGAGCAUAAUCGACGAUUACGUGUCCUCGUCGAGGAAGCCAAGCUGAUGAAGGGCGGUGCUGGGAAUGGAACGCUGGAAGUGGACGCCGCCGCUACCGUUGCACAGUUUUGUCUGAUUGGAGGGCUGUUCUUGGGGAGCUUCAUGAGUUUCGGGGUUCAGAGUAUCAUUUGUGGAGGAUGCAAUCCUUUCUAUGGUUGAACGGCUGCAAUGGCGCUCAUUGCGUUUCCGCUGACAUUAUUUAAUGUUACAUCAUACUUUACAUUUGUGGUUCAAUCCACGCCAUAUGUAACUUUAUUAAUUCCCUCCCUGUGAGGAUGUGCAUGAAUCGCAGUAACCCACACCCUAUAUGCA